AUGACGUGUUUUGUGACGGUAGGAACGACAUUAUUCGAAGGUUUGAUAAAUGAAAUAUUGUCUGAUGUUUGUAUUGAAGAUUUGAGAAGUAUUGGAGUGAAUAGAAUUCUUCUACAAAUCGGUGAGUCACGCGUUAAACAUUGGUUAGAAAAUUCAAUUUUUGUUAUUUCAAGGUAACGGAAGUUUUCCGAAAUGAGGUUAUUGAGAGAAUAUUCAAAGAAGAUACCUUGGAUGAAGGAAAAACUGUAUAUAAAGGUAUGAAAAUCGAAUAUUAUAAAUUCAAGCCGUCUUUAUUGGAAGAUAUCGAAAAUUCUACAGUGAGUACUCAAUAAUUUAUAUCAGUCAUAUAAAUGGCUCUUUUUUCCGAUUGUGAUAGGUCAUGCUGGUGCCGGUACUUGUCUGGAAGUUUUGAAACUCCAGAAACCGUUCAUUGUUGUUAUCAACGAAUUAUUAAUGGAUAAUCAUCAAGCUGAACUUGCUGUUGCUCUUGCAGAAGGUGCACAUCUACUUCAUUGCACUCCUUUCACACUUUCAGAAACAAUCCGAAAUUCAGGAUUAUUCACUCUAAUUCCUUAUAUUCCACUAAGUCAAAAACGAGUUGCUCGAUUUAUCGACAACAGAAUGGGUGUGUGA